UUUGACCGUGAAACUGCGAAGGAGUUAUCUCUAUAAACAAGGGCCUAACUGUGAGUCAAUUAUUGUCCGGAUUUUAUAUAUAUAUCAGCUGACGUAGCUUGGUUUUUAGUAAGCAAAAGGAAAGACAACAGAUUUGAUUAUUUCAUGAAUGAGGUUUGAUUGUCAGGAAUGACAUGAGAUCUCAACAUAUUUUAGAGAGCUUAUUUUGGAGAGAUGUCAGCUGACAGAAAAUUUUGUGCCACCAUCCACAUCAAGCCAAAUAACAGGCAUUGUUUUGUUGAACUCUCAAACUCUAUUGCAAAACAAUUCACAUCAACGAUAUCUGAUCAAUUGCCGCCUAUUGUUGGUAUUGAAAGUUCUUCUGGAGCCAUUGCCUUUGCAUCCUGGAGACCUCAUAAAUCUACUCAAAUUUCCCCAGACGACCAAGUGCUGUUUUUAGGAAAAGGAUUUGCAGACUGUUUGUCUCUAAAGAGAGAUGACUCGGUUCUUGUUUAUUUUGUCACAAAUGCUGUUCCUUUGGAAAAGGUCUUCAUUGCUCCAAUAAAGAACCAAGAAUGGGAAAUACUUGAGCUGAAUACCCAACUGAUAGAGGCAACUCUUCUGGACCAAAUAAGAGUUGCCUAUUCUGCACUAGAAUUUCCUAUAUUUCUUAAAGGAUCAGCUAUUGUGAAUGCCAAAGUUGUUGGAUAUCUAGAAGAAUUCACAGAGCUCCAUAUUGCUCCGGAGCUUACAAAGAAAUCUGUUAUUUCCAGAGACGAGAGAAAGAUAUCUAGAAAAUUUGAUGGUCUAUUUAAGAAAAAUCUCCAAACAAAGACCACUACCAUGUGCGAGAAAUCAGAUAGUACUCUCUCAUCGUUAUGGAACUUCAUAGUGAAACAAGGUCCAGAAGAGAUAAAAGAAUUUAAUGAAAACACUAUUCAUGCAAAUACACAUUCAAGACCCACAGCUUCCUUUUGCACUGGGCAGGAAAUAAUUAACGAAACAAAGCACAUUAGCGAAGUUUUAAGAAUUCAUCCUGUUGUUCCUAGGAAAAACGACACGCAAAGUAGAAGUUUAUUUACCCUCAACUACCAUCCUUUUCGUUGUUUUGUAAGUUUGAGCACCUUCAAGUCAAUCAAACGUCAGUGCACCUGUGUAUUUAGACAGAAGACUGACAAACUGAUAAUGAAAAUAAAAAAAAUUCCAUCUCCAAGACAAAAAGAUGAAUGGAGAAAGAUCAAAGCAAGAAAUGCAGAUAAUUCAUCGGUCGCAGAGAAUGAAAAGUCCGCUAUUAUUGAAAUCGUUCCUGUAAACGACGACCAGUUUCCUGAACAACUUCAAAUGAAAAAUAUGGCUGUUAGCUUGGAGGUUAUGGCAUUCUUGAAUGCAGACCAAGGGUCACUGACAGAGAUUGAAUGCUUGCACAAAGAUGCAUCUAGUAUGUUGGGAAUUAUCAUCAAUGUUCUCAGCAAAAAGGUACCAGGCCUGGACACUGAAAAGGUUACUGAAAUAUUCCGAGGUUGGGCAGAACGAAAGAUUCAGUCACAUCAAGACCAAAUUUUAUUGAACGAUUCAACUAUAUUGGAAAUUAACAAACUGGAAGAACCGGCUGUAGUGGUUUCCCUUGACUUUUUGACCGCGAAAGAGAACGAGUCGUCAGAACACAGUUAUUUCUUUCUCAACGGAGAUAGUUUGACCGCAACAUCGUUGGUUGCAAAUUUCCGUACGAAAGAAGAAGCUAAAAAGCUGGCAAAUUACCAGAAUCGUGAUAGAAUUUUGGAAAACUUCAAGCUUUUCAAAGAGGAUCAGUUAGGGGGAUUUUCUGAUUUGAUAGCCAGAGGAAUUGCGUAUCUCAAUAGCAUAUUGAAGCCUGCACAUAAGGACAGAGACAUUAGGCCAUUCUCACACAAAGGUUCAAUGUUGAUAUGUGCUGCCUCUAGAACCGGGGCCAAUGGUAGUGGGCGAUCGGCCCUAGCCCUGGAGCUAUGCAAUGCCGUCAGACAGUCUCCAUACUUUUGUCACAUCGAAAAUAUUGAUUGUAUUUCAUUAAGAGGUAAGAAACCAGAAACGAUCUUGCGCAGGAUGCAAGUAGCUAUGGAGGAGGCAAGAUGGCGGCAGCCUUCAAUCGUUGUCUUUGAUGACGUUGAUUAUUUGAUCAAGCAACCUGACCCGGUCAAAGAUGCAGAGCCAACCGUUCAGUAUCAUUCCAAACUUGCUGAAGGUUUAAAAGAUUUGCUGCGAAGAGAGAUGAUUUCAUCAAGCCUAGUUGCAACGAUUCUUGUUAGCAAAAGCAAAAAUUCUUUGCAUGAAAUCUUCAGUACUCCUUCUGGUUGGCACUUUAUAGAAUGUUCACUUGUUCUUCAUCCACCUGACGAAGCAGCGAGAGAAGAAAUUCUGUAUAAGAUUGUGAAGCGAUUAUCAUGUGUAGUUACAAAUCCUGCUGAUGUCAAGAAAAUGGCGGCAUUAACUGAAGGCCAUCUUCCUGCUGAUUUAGAGACCAUUUUGAAGCGUGCUAAGAACUCAUCUAUAAUGAAAAGCAAAAUAAACUCUGUGAUUCGUGCACUCGACCUUGAUGAUUUCAAGGCAGGAUGUAAUGGCUAUAAACCUCUUGGGCUACACGGCAUAGAAUUACAUUCGCCAGGGAACCUAGGCUGGAAUCACGUUGGUGGCCUUGUCGAAGCAAAAAAAGUACUUAUGGAAACAUUUGUUUGGCCAAUGAAGUAUGAUCAUUUGUUUUCUAAAUGCCCGUUCCGUAUGCGGUCCGGUGUCCUGUUAUAUGGACCGUCCGGGACAGGGAAGACAUUGCUGGCGGGAGUGGUUGCCAAAGAGUGUGGCAUGAACUUCAUUAGUAUUAAAGGCCCCGAACUGUUAAGCAAAUAUGUUGGCAGCAGUGAACAAAACGUCAGGGACCUUUUUGCAAGGGCUCAAAGUGCCAGUCCAUGCAUACUUUUCUUCGAUGAAUUCGAUGCACUUGCUCCAAAACGAGGCCAUGACAAUACAGGAGUAACUGAUCGUGUCGUUAAUCAAUUGCUUACUCAAUUGGAUGGCGUUGAGAAGUUAGAGAAAGUUUUUGUGCUUGCCGCCACCUCCAGACCGGAUUUGAUAGACCCGGCUCUAUUAAGGCCCGGCCGUCUUGAUAAAUGUGUAUACUGUCCAAUGCCAAAUGCGCAUGACCGAGUUGAGAUUUUCAAGGCUUUGAGCAUAGACCUGGAAAUGGAUCAAAAUAUAGACAUCAAUUCACUCAGUAAGAACACAGAAGACUUUUCUGGAGCCGAUAUUAAAGCACUACUAUACAACGCCCAACUCACUGCCAUUCACAAAAAGCACCCGACGAUUAUUGCUAAAGCUCUUCAAAAUCCUGAAAAGAUGAAGAUUUCGGACGAGGAUCUUUCGAUGAAAAUAUCUAAUGAUGACAUCACAGAGGCUUUAAAAGAAACCAGACCAUCUGUUUCAGCUACCGAGAUGGCACGCUACGAGGUCAUUUUCAGGAAUUUCAAUGGUUCAAGGAAAGGGGAUUUAAGAGCAGAAGAAAUAGACUCAAGAGUAACUUUAGCUUAAAUGACAUACCAAGACAAACAAUUCUGGAAUGUUCGUAUUGUUUAUAUUGAGACACAGGAAUGAAAACGUAAGUUGGCAAGAUUAUUGCGAUUAUCAGGAUUUAUAUAGUCCAACUGAGAAGCAUCUACGAGAUUACAACUGUUUUAUUCAUUGAUGCCGUAAACCAGAUUAUAAACAAUAACAUCACGAGGCUGGAAGUAUUAUAUUCAAUGUUUUGAAUGAUCAAUGCAUUGAAACUAUUUUGUCUUUGUGAUUUGUCAAUUUUUAGACUUUGUUGUAGUCUAUUCUCCCUUACAUAAAAUUUCAUGACAGCCUCAGGUAGUUACAAUUAUAUAGCUGUAUCGGGUGUUUGUUAAUUUUUGCGAUACAAAUAUCAAAUAUUUGUAUCGCCUGCUAGAUGAUUUGUAUUUAUUCACAAGUUUUCCUAUUUGCAAAAAGAUUUGGCAUUACUUAAUAUUGAGAUUAACCCCAGUCCAACCCUUUGAUAAAGUUUCUUAAUCCAGUAUGGUUUGAAAUGUCAUAUUUUAUAUAGGAUUAACCCUGAACAUUACUAAAAAUCUGUUGUUAUGCAGCCGGUAUCUGUGCGACCUUUCACAUUAAACAUGUUGAAAUCGAGAUACGUAUCCUCCAAUGAAUGAAAAUUUACGUUUACCUGUCUGUCAUAAAGUGCUCGAUGCCAUAUAGCCAGAGCUGUACACGCUUUUAGUGCAAAGAACAAGGCGGGUCUAAGCUGCUACUCGGAGUUAAAAGCUUAAUGCGGGUUGCCUGAUGAUCGAAUUUAACGUGAAACUCGCUGUAGCAAUUUAGAACCGUCCUAUUUUAAGCAAUCCAGAAGUACACAGUUCCCGUGUGCAGUUCAUUGUCAGCCUUGUAUUAAAUUUGUGGUAUCAUUAGCAUCCAGCAUUGUUACAUUGAUUACUGCUCCAAACGUGUUUAGUUCCGAAUAUCAGAAGACAAAACAUAAUUUCGUGGAGGCAAGUGCUAUGCGCUACAGUAAAUCAUUCAUUCCUAAAAAAUUUUAAGGAGUUUUCUGAAUUUAAUUUAUGACCUGAAGAAAGACCAGCGAUUUUAAGCUUGUACCUGAACUGUUUAAUUCUUAUGUUAUUUGGUGUAAAGAACAGGAUGACUCUAAGUUAAGUGAAUAAUUUUUUUUUCUUUUUCCAACUCAUGGAUUCCAAAAAAUCAUCUUAUAACAGAUGUGGGUCGCUGCAGAGGUGCAGCACCACGGUAAAUGCGCCCCAAACAAUAAGAAGGAAACUUGCCAACCUCGCCUCUUUUUAGAGCCGGCUUAACUCGUGUUCCAGUGAUUCCGAAACGAGGACUUGUAACGAGUCAAUUGUGUCAUGAAACAGGGU